CCUGUAUUUCUAUCGCCGAGGGACUCCAGGCCACACUUGUCCAGUGUGACAAGCCAAUGGAGCGAGAUAAACGAUGAGCCAUUCAGAAUGUGGCCAAUCUUAGAAGGCGCACAUACCGUUGAUGUACGCUCUAUUAAUCAUUUCAAGAACUGUUACUUUUCGCCAAUUCAGUGCGUUCUUGUAGAAAAUCGCUAG